UGCCCCUCGCUCAGGUAGACGGGACGUACCGCGGAAAGUCUUCUCUCCGGACCUGCACUCACCUUGCGUUGUCCAUCAUGGCGGUGAACGGCACAGCAGACAUCUUGAGCUCCGCCUACCUGGCGGUGGAGUACGUAGAUGCAGUGUUGCCAGAAAACCCCUUCCAGCCCUCCCUGAAACAUGCCUGGGGCUACAUGCUGGACAACUACACCAAGUUCCAGAUCGCCACCUGGGGGUCGCUCAUCGUCCAUGAGUUCAUCUAUUUCCUGUUCUGCCUGCCGGGUUUCCUCUUCCAGUUCAUGCCCUUCAUGCAGAAAUACAAGAUCCAACAGGACAAGCCGGAGACCUGGGAGAAACAGUGGAGAUGUUUCAAGAUGCUGCUGUUCAACCAUUUCUGUAUCCAGCUGCCUUUGAUCUGUGGGACUUACUACUUCACCGAGUACUUCAACAUCCCUUAUGACUGGGACUCCAUGCCACGCUGGCCGUACGUCGUGGCUCAGUGCUUCGGCUGUGCUGUUGUUGAAGAUACCUGGCACUACUUCCUGCACCGCCUGCUGCAUCACCGCAGGAUCUACAAAUACAUCCACAAAGUCCACCACGAGUUCACCGCUCCGUUCGGCAUGCAGGCAGAAUACGCUCAUCCUGCUGAGACUCUCAUCCUCGGUGCUGGUUUCUUCAUCGGCAUCAUGAUCUUCUGUAACCACGUGUUCUUCCUGUGGGCCUGGGUGUCCUUCCGCCUGCUGGAGACCAUUGAUGUCCACAGUGGCUACGACAUCCCUCUGAACCCGCUCCACCUGAUCCCGUUCUACGCCGGCACCCGUUUCCACGACUUCCACCACAUGAACUUUGUUGGGAACUACGCCUCCACCUUCACCUGGUGGGACAAACUGCUGGGGACGGACAACCAGUACAACAAGUACAUGCACAAACAGGAAGACAAGAAGGAGCAGUAAACCACUCGUGCCUCAACUGGUCCGUCAGCAGGAGGGUGGAAGAGGCAGUGAGUUGUACAGACUCACAGGGAGCACACCAACAGUGUCCUCUCGGUACACCUAAUGAAACACACCCACACACUAAAGGUGUACUUUAAACGAAUCAGGACUACUGUGGUUUGAUUCUGAAUUGGACUACAUGUUGACUUCGGUCCGUCUUCUGUGCCUUUCUGCAAAAAGAAGUAUUGUUGUCUGCUUCUAUCAACAGCUGUCGGCUGAAUAAAAACCAUCAACAUCCUCAUUUUUGAUUUGCUGCUUUGCUCACUGAAUGAAAAAAAAGUUGUACUAUACGACUCUCUUGUGAAAUGCUUCCGUAUACCUCUGAAUGUCUGAGCACUUUAGCGCUUCCCCCUUGAGUUAAACUGAGUCACAGUGACAUUUGUGUUACAGCUGCAGUCGGUGGGAACCGUAGAAACUCAGUGCCGAACAAGUUGUUUGAAGGUGUUGCACGCCCAUGUAGAUUUUUUUAAGGGAAGGGAUUGGCUCAUAAGGCACUUAUAAGUUGUUUAAGCCUAUUUUGUUUAAGACUGUAAGAAUAAAUACAUUUUGAUUUUACAAAAAAACACUU